AUGGCCGACAGACCUGAGAAACAGAAGUCUGGUGUUGAUGUCCAGCCCAUCGCGGCCAAGGUCGAGACCCCGGGGACCAGUCUGGUCAAUAUCCUGGUCGUCGUCACUGCGUGUCUGGGUGGAUUUAUGUACGGCUUUGCUGCCAACGCGCUCUCCGGCUCGCUCUCCCAGCCCUCUUUCCAGGCAAAGUUCCUUAACAGGGACGAUGCCACCAGCGUUCAAGAUGGCAUGCUCUCUGGUUUCCUAGGAGGUGCUUUCGUUGGCGCCGUCUUCCAGGCUCCCAUUUCCAACAAGUUCGGUCGUCGCAUUGCCAAUCAAGCUGCAUCAGUCCUUAUGAUCAUCUCCGGUGCUCUCCAGGCUGGAUCCGUUGACGUACCCAUGUUCACCGUUUGCCGUGUUAUCAGCGGUAUUGCCGGCGGAAUGCUGUUCGCCAACACUCCGGUCUACAUGAGCGAAGUCUCUCCCCCGCAUACACGUGGCAUGCUGGUCGGCCUUGUCGGUGUUGGUGUAGUGACGGCAUAUAUCCUGUGUGCCAUCUUCGCUCUGGCCUUUAGCUUCGUUGAAUCGGAUGUUGCCUGGAGACUCAUCUUCAUUGUGCUGACUGGCUUUGGCUGCCUGCACCUGGCCUCGCUCUUCUUCAUCCCCGAGUCCCCCCGAUGGCUCACCGAGAAGGGCCGCGAUGAGGAAGCCAAGAAGGUGCUCGAGUACCUGCACAGCACCAAGAAGGACGGAAGCGCCAAGUUUGCGCACGCUGAGCUGGACCAGAUCAAGGCCCAGGUCGAGUUCGAGCGCAACACCCCGCGUGGCUACAUGCACAUCAUCCGCACUCCCUCCCACCGCAAGCGUGCUCUUUGCUCUAUCCUGCUGUGGGUUAUGGGCCAGGGAACCGGCAUCACCGCCAUUGCCAACCUCGUCCCAACCCUGAUGGGCGGUCUUGGAUUCGAUACGACAAUGCAGCUGGGACUUGGUGUCGUCUGGACCAUCUGUGCCAUUAUCGGCUGUGGAAUCAACGUUAUCCUGCUGGACCGCGUUGGACGUGUGAAGCUCCUUAUCGCCGGUGGAUUCGGCUCCGCUGCUAUUAUCGGCGUCAUGGGCGCACUGUCCAAGUACUAUCUCAACUCUACCUACACCCCUGGCAUCAACGCCGCAGUGGCCAUCUACUUCAUCUUCGGCGCCUUCUUCACCUCCACCAUCGAGUGCACGGCCUACGUGUACGGGGCUGAGAUCUGGCCCACGCACCUCCGCAGCGAGGGCUCCACGAUUGCCUUUGCCAGUUUCUUUGGCAACGCCGUCGCGUACACUGGCCCGGUCACCAUGGCCCUUGCGACCAUUGGGUGGAAGUACUACAUGGUGUUCGUUGCCGUCACUGUUGUGUCCACCGUCGGCAUCAUCUUCUACUUCCCCGAGACAAUGGGUCUCAGCUUGGAGGAAAUCAACGCCAAGUUCGGAGACACGGUUGAGCUCGACCUGCAGGACGCCCUGGCUGCGCAGGACAGCAACUCUGUCUCCAACUCCGAGUCCGCCAUCUCCAACAAGGUGUAA